UGUCGUUGCUCUCGUGCGUAGCAUGGCUGCUGCGAAGGCGGGAGCAGCGUGAAGUGUCGCCGCUCUCGUCUUUGCAUUUGUCGCCAGCUGCUCCUGAUGCCCCUGUUCUGAAUGCAGCUGCGGUGGAUCAAUUACUAUGGGGCCUCAAUGCAGGAGCCGUGGGAGGGGCUGCUGGCUCCAGGUCGCCGCGACAUUGAGGACGGCAGCACGACUCCCAUCCCUAGCCGAAACGGCGCUGCUCGGCAGGCCCUGCAACAACGCAGUGAGACAAGUGCAAACAUGUAAGGCCAUGGUGUGGGUCCACCGAGAUGCAAUUGCAUGAACUUUGCCUGAUGGGCGUAAUGAAGGAGCAUGGACAAGCCCACUCUUAGGAGAGACGCCGUGAGGAGGCGCCGAUGCAGAGUGGCCCUGUGCCUGCUGUUAGUCUAUGCACUGAUUGUCGAGUGGCUGGUGUACUUGGUGGCCCCAUACUGGAACUGGCCCCACCUACCGCUCACUGCUGGAAUCGGCACGAGGCUCCUGUUGGUGGCAGACCCACAGUUGCUGGGUCGCGUCAACACGGCACCUGGACUGUUUGGCUUCAUUGAGCGCUGGGAUUCUGAUCGGUACAUCAGCAAAACAUUUGCUCUGGCCAAUGACUACCUGAAACCACACGUGGUCAUAUUUCUGGGAGACCUCUCGGAUGAGGGCGAGUUUGCCACUGAUGACGACUUCCGGUCAUAUAUAGAGCGCUUCUUCGAUAUAUUCACACACAUCGACUACCGACAGGCUAUUUUUCUUCCUGGGGACAACGACAUAGGUGGAGAAAGGAGGUCUGUGGGCCCAGGCAAGUGCAGCGCUUCAACUCGUAAACUUCCGAAUGAACACCUUCUUGACUUACCGUGCAUAGACUUUAUUAAGGUGAACUACCUGACAACCUCAUAUGCAUACCGGUCUCACCUGUCCCAGCUGGGAAGCAACGUUCGCUUCGUCCUAUCUCAUGUGCCUUUAUCCACAAGCUUUGGUCACUAUAUAAAAGAUGUGGUGAAAGAACUAAGACCGGACGUGAUGCUGGCUGGGCAUCGUCAUGAGUCUGUGCACCUGGUGGCGGAGCAGGCCACUGGCAGCAUGGAACGCCUGGAGUUGCGCUUGGGCGCAGACCGGCGGCCCUUGAGGAUGGACCUGUCGUCGGGACGCCUGCACGAGCUCCGGCUGCCCCCUUGCUCCUAUCGCAUGGGCACCCACUGGGUGGGCUUUGGAGCGGCCAUCCUCGAUCCUGAUCGCGUGCUGACGUAUGGCGUGCUGUGGUCCCCGGACCGGCUGCUCUACCUGGCUGGCUACCUGGUUGUGCUGUUUGUCUGUACCGUCCUCUGCCUUCCUGUUGUUUGGCAGCUGUGCGUCUCCGUAUGGUGCCAGUUCUGCCCAGGGAAGCCUUCGCGGUUCUAUGGUGGCAGUCUUCUGCCACUUCUCCGUUGAUGGCGCACAUGCGUGUGUGUGUGUGCUUGCCAGUCACAUAGCCAGGGGGUGGCCACAGGCAAAAUGGCCCCCAUAGUUGGCUGCACUGAGGAGCUAGUAAUGAGUCCUUUUAAUGUGAUAGACUAACACAUACCUCCCUAGCCACAUCCACCCCAGCCCCACUGCAGUGUGGCUGCAGCAUUGUGCUGCUGACCACAAGGUUUCCCAUUUGUUUCGGGUCAUCAUGGCUGCAUUCCAGUUGGAGGAAAAUGCAGAAGUGCUCGUGUGUCGAGAUUGGGGCUGCCUGUUGAGAAGAACCCCUAGUGGUCAAAAUUAAUCUGCAGAUUUUACACCGAGUAUUUCUCAUAGGCAUCGGUCAUAGCCACUGCAUCACUUUGUGACUUUUUAAGACCCACAAGUCAGUUGAUCAGUAAGCUUUUAAUCCAGAAGAAAACCUUGGCUAUGUGCCUGGUGUGUGCCUUCUGUUAAAGGCAUUUCAAGCUGUGAUUUCCUGUAUUUUUUUUCUAUCUCACACUGCUAAGAUUGAGAUUGAAACGGUAAUCCGGCCAUAGUGACUGCAUUUCGAUGAGGUCAUAAUGCAAAAACACCCAUGUACUUAUAUUUAGCUGCAUGUUGAAGAACUCCAGGUGGUCAAAAUUAAUCUCGAGUACCCCACUAUGGCAUGCCUCAUAAUCGCAUCUCUUAUUGUGGUUUUGGCUUGUAAAGCCGCAUAUUUAAUCUAAAGUUUUUUUGUUGGUUGGUUUGUUUUUUAGAGAUGUAUGGCUGCACAAGUUGCUGCUUCCAGCCUCAUCCAUUUCUUCACUGCUGGAAGUAUAUGCACCUGAUCUAUAUAAUUCCCACAAGUAGGGAGGCCACAAAACUGCAGCAUUGUUAUAUUUCCCAUGCAGAGAAAUACUAAAGGCAAACAGUAGUUUGGGAAAAAGUGGUAGCCUGAUGCCCCACAAUGUCCAAACUAUGCCAGUAACAGAGCUUUUGUGAGAAAUUGACUGAAAUGCAGAACAGGAUUGGUAACGCCACUGUGAAAACAUGGUACCAGCUAGAGAUGUGCACAAGCCUCAAUUUUCACUGCCCUGCACUGCACGGGCCUGACACUUGCAGAAGGUGGGCCCUGCCCACUGUGCCAUACCUGCAGCCCAGCCCAGCCCAACCUUAUCGGUGGCAUAUCGGUAUGCCUGCUCUGUCAGUAUGCCUGUCAUCUUAGCACCAUUGAUUCACUGGCCAGUGGUGAACAGCAGAAAAUGAUGCGCACUGACCUAUGCAGCCCAGUUUGUUGCAUGCCAGUUUGGAUUGUUGGAGAAUGAGGCACCUUUAGUCACAAUGUUCUCCUUCACUAAAUCAUGUGCUGUCAAGAAAAAGGAAGUUUGCAAGACUUUUAAAAAUGCUAUUCAAAGUCUGCAUUUAUUAAGUGUCUCCCUUGAGUGUCCCUCUAAAAUUUUUCUAUGUAUUGUGAGAAUGUUUUAGUUCUUUUCCGAAUGUCAUUUUCCUGUAGCAUAGUAGGGUGGCAUUGAUUUGUUCUGAAACCUCGAUAUACUUGAAUGCUUACUUGUAUGAACUGGCACAUGCACUUGACAUUGUGACCUGACAUGCCUGAACGACCUGCAACGACCUUAGCAUAGUUUAUCUCGUCUAUUCACUUGUCAUAGACCUGACUGAAAAUCAUGAAUAUAUCACCAUCGAACAUUCAAACUGGUAUGCUUAACUCCUGCCAGUAUGAUUAGUACGAAUUUCUUGUAUGUUCUAAGCUAAUGCUAUUGAACUCUUUUUUUAGUGCUUGACACCUGGUAUACCAGCUUCUUCUUAAAGGGCCCAUUUUCUAAGGUUGCGCUAAUUAUGGCUGAAGUAAUAUUUCUAUAUUAGGUGAAGACAAAUGCAAAAAGAAUGGUUGAAAUUGGUUUACAUAGCUGGGACAGUUACUUGAGAGCAAAAUUUUAGAGCUCAGUUUAUUAUUAAACAGCACACAGUAAUAACAAUGAAAGAAGACAGGACUCGUUCAUCAUUAUUACUAGUUUGGAUAGUUUCUGACUUGUCCCGUCUUCAUAUUCUUCUACAGCUUAAAACACAAACAAAAGGUAGUUUGCAACUUGAACUUCGCCCAUUGAGAACUGCUGCGACCAACACCAAGCUGCUAUCACGUACAUGUAAAGGACAUUUGCAAGAGAAGCACUUGAGUAGUAAUGUAGUCAUUGUCUCUAUAGCGCUUUGGAUAAUGCCACUGUGUUGUUUUUUUUUUCACAUGCAUAAAAUAAUUUUAAGAACAUGAAAGAAAGAAAGCAGAUCAUGAUUUAAUGCACAGAAACUGAUUGCAAAU